AUGUCUGCAACUGCAGCAAAGUCGCUGCUGCUGCUGCAGCGGCGGCAGUACCUUUGUGGGGCUCAUCGUGGGGUGCUUUUGGGGUCUUCUAGCGGCGUCGCAGCAGCAGCAGCAACAGCAACAACAACACAUGCACACAGCAGCAGCAACAACAGCAGCAGCAGCGCGAAUUUCUUCUUGCAUUUCCCUUGGCAUGCUCAUCAGCAGUCCCGCUGCGCAAGCAGCAGCAGCAGCAGCAGCAGCAGCAUACUGAGUGGGAGCUUGUCAUCGGGCAGCAGCAAGAAAGGCGGCAGCAGCAGCAGGAGCCCUUUGUCUACAGCUUCUUCGCCUCUUGCCUCCGCCUCCCCCUCAGCAGCAACAGCAGCAGGAGGAGCAGCAGGAGCAGGAGAUGCAGCAGCAGAUGGCUUUUUAUCGGGUACCGGUGCUUCUUAUGCAGAACAAAUGCUGCUAGCCUGGAGACGCGAUCCCACAUCUGUUCAUUCUUCAUGGGCUGCAUACUUCAACAACUUAGAGGCUGGGCUGCCGCCUUCAUUAUGUUUCGUACCGCCUCCCUCGCUGCAGCAGCACCUACCUGCAGCAGCAGCAGCAACGCCUGCAGCAGGAGCAGCAGCUUCUUUAGGAUUGGCAGGGAGUAGCGGGGGGCUAGCUGGUGACGCAGCAGCUGCAGGAAGCGGUGCAGCACCGUCAGCAGCAUCACCCGCAGCAACAACAGCAGGAACAACAGGAGCAGCAGCAGCAGGAUCAGGAGAGGGUUUAUAUUCUGCAUAUGAAGGAUCUUCUCAGUCUGUUCAUGAUACAUCUCGAUUAAUUCAAAUGGUUCGCGGUUAUCAGAUGAGAGGACAUGAGUUAGCAGCAAUAAACCCUUUAUCUCUUCCGCGCAAGCCUCCUUAUUGUUCUUUAAGAGCAGCACAACAGCCUCUUCAACUUGGGCCAGAGCAUUAUGGAUUUACUGCUGCAGAUUUUGAUAAAGUUUAUGUAGCUAGAGUCCCUGGUUGUAUUCAUUUGGUUGUUAAUAAUCAAAUAGGAUUCACGACGAACCCUGUCGAUGCAGGAUCUGGGAAAUAUUGUACAGAUAUUGCUAAAGCAGUAGAAGCCCCAGUACUUCAUGUUAAUGCAGAUGAUCCCGAAGCUGUUUCUUUUGCAUGCGAGCUCGCUCUAGAUUUCCGACAAAAAUUCAAACAAGAUGUUUUUGUAGAUAUUGUUGGAUACAGAAGAUUUGGGCAUAAUGAACUCGAUAUGCCUAAAUUUACACAACCGCUUACUUACACUCUCAUCGCUAGAAAAAAAACUGCACUCGAAUUAUAUGCAAACAAACUCAUCCAACAAGAGGUGGUGACAGAAGAAGACGUCUCUCGAAUGAAAUCUGACAUUUGGGAGUUUUAUAACAAAGAAUACGAAAGCAGCAAAACGUUUGUGCCUGCUCAUCAGUGUCAGUACGCGCCGCAGUGGAAGCAUCUCGUUACUCCUGAUCAUCCCUCUCCCCCAAGAGUUACCGGUGUGCGCCUGUCUGCAUUGCGUGAGUUGGGUCGACGUAUAUUUACAAUCCCCGAGGGUUUUGUACCGCAUGCAACAAUAGCGAAGAUAAUGAAGCAAAGAUUAGCAGCAGCUGAAGGCCCUGAACACGAACAGACACUUGAUUUUGGAGCAGCGGAGAACCUGGCAUAUGCAACUCUACUCAGCGAUGGAUUCCAUAUUCGCUUAGCAGGGCAAGACGCUCAGCGAGGCACCUUCUCUCACCGUCACGCUGUGCUGCACGACCAAGCAGUGGAGGCGCAGCAUUGCAUAUUUGAUUCUCUUAAAGAUCUAAACCUCCCCCAUACCAUCAACGUCUGCAACUCACCCCUUUCAGAAUAUGCAGCCCUGGGUUAUGAGUUCGGCUAUUCGAUGGAACACCCCGACGCCCUCGCAAUUUGGGAGGCGCAGUUUGGCGAUUUUUCGAACGGAGCGCAAAUUAUAAUCGAUCAGUUUGUCGCUUCUGCAGAAGUGAAGUGGAAUAAGCAGAAUG